GAGUGGUAUAAGAUGGCCACCAUGCGCUAAAGUUAGCAGCACACGACACCAUCUACACACCAUCUCUCCAUCUGCUUGUUCUCAUCGCCUCAAGAAGCUUUGCGUUGUAUACGUUCGACCGGCCGUAGGAUGUGGAUGAGGAAGAAGAAGGCGGCGACGACGAGGCCGGCGGCCAGGAGGAGGGCGCCGACGUCUCUAGGGGCGCUGUGGCGGCGCGUGGUCGGGCCGGCCCGCGGCGGCAAGACCAAAAAGACCAAGACCAAGAAGAGCAAGAUCGGGUCGCUCUCGCGCGCGUUCCGGGCGUUCUCCUGCGUCCGCGGCCAUGGCAAAGGGAGGAUGGCUGCCCGCGCAGCGCGCAGGUACUGAUCGGUCUGGGACGCGCACGGCCGCCGUCCGGGAGUCGAGAGCUGCCCAUCACAAAUUUCAUGUUAACUUUGGAUAUCCUGUACCCACGUGUUUUUUCCUGCGGGGACUGUAUCCACGUGUUGUGCUUGUACUGCGUGCUGUUUGUAAAAACAUACCUCCAUUCCAUAACGUAAGACGUUUUUUGACACUACACUAGAGUCAAAAAAAUGUCUUACGGGCGGAGAAAGUACUGGUCCUCGAAAGAGGAAGUUAAGUGCGUUUCGUAAUCUCA